CGUGACGUCCCGGUCUUCCCGAGAAAGCAGUGAAGAACAGUGGUCACGACGUCUGAACGACCCUUUGGCAGCGAUUCUUCAUCCGACGACACACGCACCAGCGCAAGAGGUCGCGAGGUCAACGAUCAGGCAGCGCCUGCCUUUUGACACUGCCGCAGCUUCCUCGCGCUGCCGCCUGAGUAAAUGGCGGAAGCACCCGGUGAUAAGAAAGGACAAGACGCAAGCAAGAAGAGUAAAAAGAAGCGUCGUCGCAAUUCUCGCAAGAAUUCACGGAAGGAAGAGCCCCGGAAAGACACUCAAACCCAGAAAAGUACCAAUGCGGGCGUGGUACCCAAAGGAAAGGAAAAAGCCAAAGUCGGACGAGCCGAAUGUCUGCCCAAUGCUGGAGUCAUUGCGAACUCGGACGAUUCGGCGAAGCUGACAAAAUUUCGACCUUCGUUACUGGAGCUCAGAGAAGCGUUCAGGAAGACGGCGCCCAAACACCAAAUAGACUCGGCGAGCAGAAAGGCAUCGGAUACUUCUACCAUGGCCUCCGGACAAUCGCAAACUACGUCGGUGGGCCCGUCUACGCCCGGGAAGCGUUCAGAAGCCACGUCACCCGGAAAGAGCCGCGACUUGAGCCAGGAUUGGCGUUUACUGGUGACAAUCGGCCACCAUAACACGGGCGGCUUCCAGGUGCCCCAAUCUGGCCUCGUCUCGGUCUCCAAAGAGAGCUCCGGCGCCCGCUCUAUCCUAAGAACCUUGAGGAACGUCAUGAGCGGCCAGUGGUUGGCGUACUGCGUCGUGGCUCUCGUCGUGCUGGCCCUCGUCGUGCUGGUCGUGAUUCUGACCGCGAUCCUGAGCCGGAUGCACGCUAAGAAACGCGAGGUUUCUUCGUCCGUCACGGCGAUCACCAGUCCGCCUCGGCAUGUGAAAGGUGCUGUCGACGUGGACCUUCGCGAACGCACCACGUUAAUGGUUCCUUGACUGGUAACGCGGGCUCACAACUUCUGGAAUUAAGGACGCACACAGUAUUCGUGCGCGCCUGGUCUCGUGCUUAUUGAUUUAUGCUUUAUUUCUUUGCUCGUAUCGUCCUAAGUGUAUUGCAAUUUUGCUCAAAUUAUUUUCAUCUUUCGACGCAAUGAAAUUAUUUUGGGUUACACUGCGGGACUGUUGCUCGCCUUUCGAUAGAUAUCGUAUUCGUCAGAGAUAAAUCGUAUGUGAGUUCGUAAAGCAAGAUACGUGGAAAUUGCUUUCGCAGCCUCUUGAAGGCGUUCGAAACGUUGUCAUCUGUGUUACGAAAAAUGGGUCGCGGACGUUGGAAGUCGUUAUUGCUCGAACUCUCAUGGUGCCCCUUCGUCCAUGGUGUGCAUAUGUUGCACAUCCGUCAUUACGACGACUUGACGUCUCCAUGCGUUGUCGGGUCAUUGCCGAACUCACUGUUAAGAAGCAGUUAAUAACAGUUAAUGCGAUUGCUUCCUGUUAAGAUAUGUUUAUGAUCAUGCAAGAUACUGCUGCCAACC